UGCGGCUGGCUCCUUUGUGCACCGCGAAGGGCGCUGCAGAAGCCAGAUCGGUGCCAGACCCCCACUCUGGCCUCCGUUUACGUCAGACCGUCUGAGGCUGAAGAGCGGAAAAUAAAGGCGGUGGGGAGCGGGGUGCAGGAGAAAGUGCGCAGGAACCCUGGUGGCUGGAGUUGAGUGGGGAGCGCUGCUGUCCGCGGUGGAAAGUCCGUGCAAGGGCUGGUCUGUUGGCACGUGGAGCGGCACUUUAUGACCACUCCACCUGAGAGGAUGAUGCUGUCGUGGGCGUGACGUCUGUAGGGCAGCGAGGCGACCCACAGGACUCAGGCAUGAGGAAGAGAGCAGAAAAGGAGGGCCACCUUGCACAUCAGGUUGGAGGGACCCUUUGGAGGGAACCUGGAGCAGGGGCAUGACCGUAAUCCCUCAUCUGUGACGACAGUGACCCCUUGGCUGCUCUGAAAUGUGAUUUGGGGGCUCUCCCUGAAAAUUUGGUCCCAUCUCCAGCCCUCGCCAUUUCACGUGCAUGCCCCAAAGAAGAAAGAAGGCCUGUGUGCGAUGUUGAGGUCCAGCAGCUGCUGAAGAGGCUCACAAAUACUGAGGGCAUCUCUCUUUAAAUGUACAGCUUCACAAUCUUCAGAUUAGUUGUGGGAGGAGCUUAGCAGUAAUAUCAUCCCCUUGUGUUGUAUAUGAUAUUCUUAAUUGUAAAUGGUUUGCCAUAUUUUAACAUGUAGCAGUCACAAAAGCUUUGUAAGAAAAGAUAAGCAAGUAUAAGCAAUGGCAUUUUACAGUGUGGGGCCAGAUUUUUCAUAAGGUUGAGUAACUUGCCCAGGGAAGCACCGCACCGAGCAGGGUCCAUUACCUUCUAUUUUGACACUUGGGAUGAAGUAAGGAGACUAUUGCCAUCCCAUACUCUUUUUGAACUCAUAUCCCAUGUGAGGAAAUUCACAAAGAGGUCAGAUCACCUAGAAUUUCAAGAAAGAUUUAGUCUAGAUCUGUCCCUUUUAUCCUUUAUCAUCAAAAAUGGCCUUUAACUCCAGACAGAAGGACUAUUGCUCAUUUGCUUGCUGACUGCCCUCCAUGUCUACCUCAGUGUUAUCACUACUGUAAUGCAUCAUUAGGUGAUUCUGUUGUCAUUCUGUUUCUGGGAAGAGCUGUGGCUAUGUCUGGGCAUUCAUUUUCCUCUUCAUCUUUAGGGUGGCACUCAGUUGGCCAGAUGUGGACAUUACUAGACCAUGAUUUUGGAUGCCUUAGGGUAAGACAUUUUCCUUGCUCUGUUGAUCAAAAACAAAGCCAAGAAGAGGCCACAGGGGGAAAGGCAACUGCUUACUUCUCCAUAUCUGUAUCCCACAUCAAUUUUUUUCCUCUUUUCUGAAAAUCUGCCGUCAUCUUGCCAAGCUGAUAUUUCUCUUUUGCAGAACUUCUCUUCUUGGAGGAGUCUGCCAGAUUUUUCUUCUUCCCAGGGCAGGACUAUUGCUCAUUUGCUUGCUGACUGCCCUCGAUGUCUUCCUCAGUGCUGUCACUACUCUGAUGCAUCAUUAGGUGAUUCGAGAACACAGCCUUAUGGACCUGUUUCUUGAAUGGUCUUGUCUGAAAUGUGGUGAUGUCCCUGGGUUUGAAAGAGUGGUUUCAUUUUAGUCUUAACCCAUUGGUCUAGGUAGGUAGAUAUGUGUCUCGGAGUGUGGGAUCUAAAACUAAACUACUAGACAUCAGCUUUAGAAAAGAAAUCAAGUCCAAUUGAAAGACCCUCAGAGUCCCUGUCCAAAGUGAACCACAUGAAACACUGGCUGCAAAAGCAAGAGGCAAGUUUAUUAAUACACAGGCGCCUGCGGGUGCUCAGCAACACCUCAGCCGGAGCUUAGGUGAACUGGCACACCGGGCUUUGGGGUACAGAUCUUUUAUAGGGUACAGUGGUCAGUUUCCCGCCUAGCACAGUAGCAGGUAUCUCAUUGGCUCUUUUGAAUCCAGCAUAUAGGUCACUUAAAGGGUAAACUUGUUUUUCACUAUAGGUUCCUGGAAAACCACAUAAAAACCACUUAUUUUUCACUGUAUGCUUCCGUUUGCUCAACCGUGCCGGUUCUUUCCCAACCAUUCUGUUCUUUCCUAAUUGGUUACACUUAACUGAUUAUCUGAAAAACACAUCUGACGCCUGUGCAGGUGCAAAAGCAAGCCUUGAUGAUUUUGUAACUGGGCCUAAAGUUAUUGGGCUGGGGUCUCUCACAACAUCUUUGCUUUACAGAUGAGAAUAUAUAAAACUAGACUGUUUUUUUUUUCCCCUCUAGUUUCUAUAUAGCUACCAAUAAGCUAUGACCAAAAUCCAGAUUAGCUGGUCAAUGCUAUACCACAGAACAUCUGUCUAACAUUUCUCCAAAGUGUGCUGAGGCUGCCACUGACCUGUCGGGGAGGGAUGGAGGGUUUAGUCCUUGGGUUUCACAGAUCGGGCUUUUAGUCUGAUUGGAAUUCACUACAUCUUCCCAGGGACAACCCCCAGGAACCAGACACUCCCUAACCUCAGGGUACUUUGAAGUCAAGGUCCUACUGGUAUCCUGGGAUCAGGAGUUGAGUUUCCUGGCCACUGAAGGGCCAAGGACUGGAAAGUGUGACUCUGUGCUCUUUUCCUGUCUGUUGAGAAGCACCAGAUCUGUAUGCUAUAGUACCUGAGUCCAGCAUUUAUCAUGUGACUCCUCUGUACUUCCAGCUCAUUGUUUAUGUUGUGGAACUAACAGUACCACUCUCACAGAGUCACUGCGAGGAAUAAACAAGUCAGUAUUUGUGAAUACAGGCUUAGAACAGGCAGAGCAAAAAAACGGGGCCCUUUCUGCAGGCUGCAUUUCCAAGUCAGGCUCCUUUCAGGUUCCUUAUUUAUUCUUUCUUCUUUUUUUUUUUUUUUUUUGUUUUCUUUUUGUUUGUUUUAAAGGUGGAAACAAUAACAUUUUGUGUUCAUCAUGUGUCACAUACCCAAACUUACAUGAUGCAUACUGCAGUCAUAUACAUAAUGUACUUACCUAAAAUGCAAAACAUUUUGAGGCUCUUGUACUAAACAAUACAUACACCUUAGUUGGAUUAAAAUUGGAUAUCAAACUGGCAGUUUAAUAAUCAUUAUACUACUAAUAAGGUUAAGCCUGAAUCCUGAACUUGAAAUUGGCUGUAUCCUUUGAACCUUGUCCUAGAUCAGGAUUCCUGCCUAUUUUAGGUGUCCUGUAUUUAAUUGGUUUAGUAAGACAAUUUUUGAAGACCUUCAAAUUUCAGAUCUUCCUGGAUUUUCCUUGCCUCCCCAAACCUAAACACUUCCUAACAGUACCUCACCUCCAGGGUGGAAUAUAAUAUGUAAUAAUACCACUGUGACCAUCAUUCCUGUUAAUCCUCACAGCACCCUUAUGGCAACUGAGUUAUUCCCAGAUCCUUAAGGACUUCUGCUAGGGACAAGGUCUUUGGCUCUAGUGGCUUCAUGUACCUGCUGAGUGAUGCAUUGUUCAUCUAGUUUUAAUUCCACUGCACUGGAGAAGUGUGUCUCCAUCCUCAGACUCACCAUCCCCUCUAUAUUAUCCUGAAAUAAGAUUUAUAGAUAUUAACUACCUAUAGAAAUAAUUUCCAAAAUGUCAAUAUAUUACCUCAACUGUAAUAUCAAAAACAAAGAAAAAGGCAAAUUUUGUAUAUUUAGAAAAUCAUUUCCACAUGUAAACGACUGGAAGAAAUAGAAGGUCGUACCUGUUAAAAUUCCUUGAAUGCAACUACAAAUGCAGACUAAUUCAUGAAUGUCAUAUUUGUGAAUCUGAUACUAUAAGUGGUUUUAUUUUCCUGAAAUGGUGAAUAAUUCCUAAUAAUAAUCAACAUUUUCUUGAUUUUCCAAUAUAUAUGAAAGUUUGCAAAUUACUUUGUGUAUAUAUAUAAAGUGAUGUUGAGUUCUAGCUACAGAUAACUUUAACCUAUUUUGGAAGACAGGCAGGAUAAUGAACAAUGCCUAGUUUGGCAGGAAUGUCUGUCAUCCUUGGCUGCCACUAAAUUACAAUAGCGGCAAUCAUUGUAACAAUCCGGAAAUCCCCCCAAAUUCCCCAAACCCUCUGUAGGAUUCUGCACUGAAGCCUAGGGAUCACUAUAACUAAAGAAUAACAGUGAACUGCCAACAAAAUAACUAUGGAGUAGCUUAAGGAUCUGGGUGGGCUGCAAGAAUCAAAGCCAGCCAGGCUCACAGCAGGGCAUACUCCUGUUAAGGAACACUGGUGUCAUGAAGUUUGCGACUGGAUUUUAAUGCAAAGGUUCUCUGGCCACCCAUUCAACCCAGCAGUAGGGCACUUGUGUUCCGUUUCCAGUUGAAAGGCAAAGUCAGGCAUAAGGUAUUGUCAUGUUGCUCUUGAGGUUCUCAAUGUGUGGCUUCUUGGUAGAAUCUCCAUGUCUUGGAGAUUCCCAGUCUAUGAGAAAGGAAAAACUGGAAAACCAGGUAAACUCCCUAAUCCAGCAGAUCUCAAAGCAGAAACAUUUGGGGAACUGUUUAUAGUCCAUGGCCUCCUUUCAUAUGCAAGAACUCCAGAUAAAUUAACAAGAGAACAGGUUAAACAAUAAGCUUUAAUGGGGAAAAUUCAAGAGUCCAGAUGUGCAAGAAGAUCUUCAGAUUUUCCAAUUUUCCCAAUAGAAAGAUGCUGGAGCCAGGAACUGUACUAAAAUACAAAUGCCAGGGCCAUCACAUUUACUAGGCUGAGGCAAGGCCCAGGUAACCAGAGUGACAAAUCACAUAAGUGACUUAGGAGUGUGUACGUGUCACCUGUCUUUUGCAAAUUCUCGCCUCUUUCAGAUAUCCAAGUCUUCAGCUUAUGCCACAGCCUCCGUGAAAGUGCAGCUACCUUUUCUAUAGAUCACAGAACUGAGAUGGAGCUGUGAACAGUGUGGUCUCCAGCACCUGCAGCCUUGGGUUAAAUAAUCACUCCAAUCAGCAGGAGUCCCAGCAUGUGAACUGGGCCUGACCAGCCGAAGGACAGAAUGCCCAGAACACCAGGACAGACAGGGAGAUUUGAACUGCACCAAAGUAUCAACAGCAAUCAGUCUGUUUCUGAAGAAGUAGAGUUUCAGGAUCAGCAAUGAAAAGUCUCAGAGGGAAUGGUGUCCAGGGUCCUAAAAGUGAAGAAGGCUGUAAGAGACAGAGCCAGUCAUCAAGGCAGGUAAAAUGUCCCACACAGAAAAAACUCUCUUUUGAGAAAACAGCAAUGAAGCUAGUAUCAGUGACGUUGAAGGAUAUUUUCAAUGGGGAGGGACACCCUGAGUCCACUGACUUCAGACCAAGGUCCAACCUUGGUGUACAACAGAAAAUUCCAAAGGGAGAUAAAUACCCUAUAUCCAGGGAACACUCCAAAGAUAGCCCAGAAUUCAUUCAACAGCCAAAACUCCUCCCACAAAAGAAACCCUGUAAAGGCAACCAGUCAGGCCUUAUUGUUCACGGGAGCCUUCAUGGCAGAGAAAAGCCUUUUGGAUGCCGCGAGUGUGGCAGGACUUUCAGUCCAAGCACACACCUUAUUGAACAUCAAAGGACUCACACUGGAGAGAGACCUUAUGAGUGCAGCGAAUGUGGAAGGGCCUUCAGCCGGAGCACUAACCUCAACCAACAUCAGCGAACUCAUACUCAAGUGAAGCCUUAUGAGUGUCGUGCAUGUGGGAAAGCCUUCAGUGACCGGUCAACCAUGAUCCAACACCAGCGCAUACACACUGGAGAGAAUCCCUACAAGUGCAGUCGGGGUGGGAAAUCCUUCAGCUGGGUCUCCUCUCUCUCCGAACACCAGAGAACACGCACAGGGGAGAAUCCCUAUGAAUGCAGCGACUGUGGGAAGGUGUUCAGCAGAGCUCGACUCUUGUCAGACACCAGAGCUUCACACCGAGGAGCACUGCUGAGUCUGUACCAGGCUCCACAAGAGCACCUGCAUGUCCUCCUCCCAGAACGCCUUGGUUCACACACCUGGACCACUAGCCACCCCAGUUUCAAGCUUUCCUCCACCCCUUUCUCUUCUUCCUUCCUUCUCCUCCUUCCUCUCUCUCACUCUCCCCGAAAUGCUCAAAUGAGUGAUCAGUAAAACAAAGGGAUGGCCUUCAGAGGCUAACAUGCUCAAUCUCGUAUUCUGAAAGGCUCCAGCCUUCGCACACACAGCUGCCUGGCACUCUGUGGCUUGUCACCUUGAUUUUCCAUAAGGCUUGAGUCUCCACUCAGUGAAUCAUGUUUCCCAACCACUUCUGACCAGUUUGGGAUAGUGGCAUUGAGGCAAAUCUCCUGACUUAGAAAACCAGAUUUUUCUUGCCUCCCACCCUUGCCUUUUCACCAUAGUAUUUUCCCUCAAAGAAUAAUCCAUAGUUUUACUAAUGUGCCUAAAUAAUCCUAAUUUCCUUUUAUUAAAUAUUUACCCAGAACUUCCUAAAAAAUCAUAGAGACAUUUGGUUCCUUCAAUAUUGGGGGGGGGGGGCAUGCUUUCAGUUGCUGUCCUGUUUUUAAGAACUUUUAUUUUGUUUCCAGACUUCAUGAAACUCAGAGCCUCUGGCUUUAACUUUUACCAGUCUGAUCUCAAGGGUAAACCCAGGACCUGUUUCUCAGUCCUCUUCCUAUUUGACAUUUGCAGAACUGACACUUUCGGCCACUCUUCUUAAAACUUGGGCAUAUUUUAGGACCCAAGAUUCUGUGGUGAUCCACUCUGCCUUUCUCCUGGUAUUUCUCUGAGCAGCAGUGAUCAUCUUUAUGAUUUGGGGUAAGGGUGAGGCCAGAAUAACUCAUUUUAUUGGAUUAUAUACUUGAAGUAAUUGAAUAAGAUAAGUUCCUUAAAGAUAGAGAAUUUGUUUUCAAUUCAUAUAAAACAUCAAAAAGAACUAAGUAGACACUGAAUGCCUAUAACUGUUGCUUAGUAAGGCUCCACUAUUCCCUAUGAUCAGUCUGCCCGACUUUUGGUGAAAGGGCUUAGUAACUGAUUCCAGUGUCUUGGGCCUAUAUUAUUAAGUAAAUGCAACAUGCUGUCCUUUCUUCCGGACUUGACUUAGCUGACUUAUUAAACUACCACUUUGUUAAAAAUUAGUCCAUAGCUUUGCAGUGUUCCCAAGAAAAAUUUCAGACACCUUUACAAGGCCUUUCAUAAUUGGGCCUGUUUAUUUACUUAUUUCCCAUCAGCUCCCCAAGGCAGUACAUGUGGGCAGACCCAUCCUCUGUCCCCACGACACCUUCUUUUCAUGGUAGUCCAUGGCACCUUUUACAUGUCCCACUUUCUUCUCUGUAUCUCCAGAGAUUCUACACAAGACCCCGCUCACAUCCUGUCUCCUUUGUGACACUUUUUCUCCCCACCACCUUAGAAAUCCUUUGCCAUGAGGAUUUGCAUUACUCUCCCACAUUGCUUUAUUCUGGUUUCUGGUUCUUUCAGGUCUCCUUUUCUUUUCUCUGUUUGUUUCUGUUUUGUUUAUGAAGCAGUAUCUCUCUGUGGCCCAGGCUGGCCACGAACCCCUGGCUCAAGAGAUUUUCCCACGGCAGUCUCAUGAGUAUUGGGACCACAGGCACACCAUGGUAGGGGCUCAGGUGCCUUUUCCCAUAAGCUGUUUGAAAUUAGAAAUCAUCUCAAUCUCUUCUAAGCCCCACCUAAUACAAACAGUGUAGUGCUGGACUCUAGUUUUAAUCUAAACAGGAGGGGUUAAUUUAAUGUUGCAGCACUAAGUCUUUUCACAGAGAUGGUCUUUCACGGGUAUCAUGGCCUUUGUCACCCUACCCUGAAUACUAAACUAAGUCUUUGGAUUGACCCUUUAGAGCUUCUAGGAUGCUGGCCUCUGGGCUUUCUACUUCAUGUCAAAUGAUAAAGCCAUGCCUGACAUAAUAGGUGCUCAGCAAAGGCUGGUUGAUGUGAUUCCACUGUUGCACAGCCACUGUAGCCUUUCAUUUCAUCUCCUGCAGGGUCUGUAGCUUUUAUUACAGAAAUUAAAAAAACUAGAAGGUGUUUCUUUUAACUGUCAUAAUAGGCAACAGCCAUCUAUUCUAUUCUAACUCCAUCAUGUGUUGAAUGUGAUUCACGAGGGCUGGGGAUGUGGCUCAAGCGGUAGCGCGCUCGAUUGGCAGGCGUGCGGCCCGGGUUCGAUCCUCAGCACCACAUUCAAACAAAGAUGUUGUGUCCACCGAAAACUAAAAAUAAAUAAAUAAAUAAACAUUAAAAAAAAUGUGAUUCAAGACACAAAAAAAUAGAAAGCCAAAACCACAUACAUAACAGCAUUGAAGGAAAGAAAAGAUUCCCAGGAGAUCAGGACAGGAUAUGACAUGCCACAAAUUAUUCAGCUUGGGAUGCAAAUUCAGCAUUCUGAAAAUCAAAGUGAGAGAGUCAUUUGCUAAGUCUGUAUUUGGAAGAAAAAAAGUCAAUAAAAAAAAAAGAUUUUCUAAAGCUUAACUUAGAGUUAGGGUGAAUUUUUGCACUGGCUUUCAUGUAACCCUGCAAUGCCCUUGGUAUCAUAACAGCAUAUCUCAGUAUAUAUAACCAGUAUAACAUAACGACAUGCGGUUAAGCAUUAGGUUCCCAGUAAGAGGUUCAGGAAGGCAGGCAUGGAGACUACUCUCAAGAUGGAAUGGGGUUGUGACGGGCAGGACAUAAAGAAUAUUAGGUCAUUCCUUAGUGUCAGAAGAAAAGCUUUACACAUAUUUUAAUCAUUUAGUUCACCAUAUUAUGGAAUGAAGACACUGAAGUUUAUAGAUGUUAAAUCACUUACUCAGGGACUAGGAUU